GUGUUAGCCACGUCAGUAAGUCACCCACAACUCUGAGAGAAGCAGCAGCCGACCUUUGUCUUUGUAUUCAGGCGCUAAACAUGUCCAAUCUUUGGAUGAUCUCCCUUCUACUGGUGUUGGCAGCGCUAGCCUUCCAAAGUCACCCAGCCUACGCACAACCAAAUGUAUGCAAGGUCAUCGAAACCUACUCGAAACGCAAGUGCGCCGAAUUCGAAACCUACGGCUGUGCAUGUGGGGCCAACAAGACGGGAAUACCAAUAGAUGGUGUGGAUACCUGCUGCUCUGAAAAGAAACUUUGUUUUGAGAGAAAUGGCUGCAACAUACGUGAAGAUAUCAAAGUCAAUUGUACUAAGCAUUGUGUUUGUAACUCAGGAAAAAACCCACACACCUGUGCAUUUAAGGCCUGCCGAUGUAACAUUGAGAUGGGCAGAUGCCUGGCCCGGUACAAGUUCAACAAAGCAUAUGCCCGCUAUAACUACAAAAAGUGCCGCUUUGAGUAGUAGACUGCAGGUAAACUGCAGGUGAAUUGCAGGUGAACUGCAGGUAGAAUUCAGGUUGACAUAGAGGCGUGUCCCUACAUCACCAGACUUCGUUUACAUAUAGAUUAAUCUUAUUAUUUAUCUUUAAA